GGGAAAGUCACCACUCGUGACGCAAACGCGACAACGACGACACGCACAUGCAAAGCUAACCAACGGACGCUUCUUAGCGCAAGUAACGUCAACGGCGUACAUGUUCGUGCCAUAGCUAGCUACUCUUUAUCUGCGCGUUCGACUUUGUCGUGAGAUAGAUUCAGCUUGUGGCGCUCAGCCGCCUUACGCCGAUCGAGAUAGAUAGCUCUGGCCUCUUUCUCACCUGCACCUACCUCAACCGAAAUUUCAUACUACAUAAGCAGCCAGGCCCCCCGCCGCCCAUCAUGGAAAAGAACGAGCCCCUUCUCCCCCAGACAAAGUCGCAGGAAGAUGUGAAUGCGGACGCGACCAUGGCUCUCCUACCGAGCCCCAGGCGCUCGCCUAGAUUUCACGUCGCAGCCUUCAUGAUCUUGGCGGGCUUCUUCUGGCUGGCGAGGACAUGGAACUGCGAGCAUCAGCAUGCGGAGGCGCAUACAAAAGUACCGCUGGAAGUGCAUAUCAUGUCGAAAUGCCCCGACGCGCGCGACUGCCUCAACAAGCUCGUCGUCCCGGCCAUGUCAGACGUGUCCGACAAGGUCGACUUCAGACUGUCUUUCAUCGGCCAACUGACCAACGAAGACGACGGCGUGCAAUGCAUGCACGGCCAGACUGAAUGCCUCGGCAACAUCCUCAUGCUCUGCGCAGCCUCCUCGUACCCCGACCCCAAACUCCACCUCGGCUUCUCCAACUGCCUGAUUAGCGAUUACGAGCAGAUUCCCCGCAAGGAGCUCGUCCAGGACUGCGCGCUGGAACACGGCCUCGACUUCGACGUGUUGAACGAGUGCAUGAGCAAGGACACAGGCGCGUAUGGCAUGCACCUGCUGCGGGAGAGCGUGCAGCACAGCGCAGAUGUAGACGUGAAGACGAGCUGUACCGUGAGGCUGAACGACAAGGUCCGCUGUGUGUAUGAUGGCGGGGAGUGGAAGGACUGCGACGAUGGGUCGAAGCCUGAGGAUCUAGUUAAGGAUAUCGAGCGCUUGUACGAUGAAGCGCAGGGCUGGACGUAUUGAGUUUUCUGCUCGAAUAAUUUUCUUGCCAAUGAAUAACAAGAUGGCGCAAUCUGGGAGCUGCCUUGACGCAUGUCUCGCCUAUUCAUGGACGUGAUGAUAUACUCAGCACUCCAGGUGCCUGUGAGCAUCGAACAUCGGAA